GCAAAAUAGAAGCAUUAAGGAAAACAUUGGUAGUCACUCAAACAAUACCCAACUGUGCUUUAUCCCAUUCCCCGCUCUCUGGUCCAGUCAUUGCACGUCCACACGUCUUGGAAACGCACAAGUCUUCCUUUCUGGCAGCGCUUUUCUAACCGCCCGAUCUCAUCGCCCGUUUUAUGAUCGUACCUCCGCAAGCCGAAACGGAAACGCCCCUGCUAGACGGAAAGUAGGAAAGCUCUAUGCUCUGUCUCUGCCGUGGAGAGAGAAAAACCCUAGAGGGAGAGACUUCUUGUUCAUCUGCGGCGAAGAGACAGAGAGAGAGAGGGAAUGGGUGUGGAUUACUACAAUAUACUGAAGGUGAACAGACAUGCUAGCGAAGAUGACUUGAAGAAGGCGUACAGAAGGCUGGCAAUGAUAUGGCACCCGGACAAGAACCCUAGCAACAAGAGGGAAGCAGAGGCUAAGUUCAAGCAGAUCUCGGAGGCUUAUGACGUGCUCAGCGAUCCUCAGAAGCGUCAGAUCUACGAUCUCUACGGCGAGGAGGCUCUCAAGUCCGGCCAGGUCCCGCCGCAGCCGGCUUCCGCCUCUCGCGGCGGUGGCGGGCCUUACCCCCACCGCCAUCAUCCCAAUCCCUCCUUCCGCUUCAACCCUCGCGACGCGGAUGACAUUUAUGCUGAGUUGUUUGGAUCGGAUGGCGCCGGCGGCGCUUCCCGGAGCCGGACGUUUAGGGAUGGGUUUUUCAGGACGCCGAAUGGGGAGUACGGGUAUCCGCAGCCUGAGCCGCCAAGAAAGGCCCUUGCGGUUGAGAGUUCGUUGCCCUGUAGUCUGGAGGAGCUUUACAAGGGAGCGAAGAAGAAGAUGAAGAUUUCAAGAAACAUUUUUGAUGCUUCUGGUAAGUUUCAUACGGUGGAGGAGAUCUUGACCAUCGAUGUCAAGCCUGGUUGGAAGAAGGGCACAAAGAUUACUUUUCCUGAGAAAGGUAACCAGGAUCCUGGUGUCAUUGCAGCAGAUCUAAUCUUUGUGAUAGAUGAGAAAACCCAUGCAGUUUAUAAGAGGGAUGGUAAUGACCUAGUGGUCAACCAGGAAAUAACACUGUUGGAGGCUCUCACAGGGAAGACUAUUGACUUGACAACCUUGGACAGAAGGAUUGUCACCAUGCAAGUGACAGAUAUUGUCAGACCAGGUUAUGAGGUUGUAGUUCCGAAUGAAGGGAUGCCAAUUUCAAAAGAACCAAGAAGGAAGGGAAACCUGAGGGUCAAGUUUGAUGUCAAGUACCCGGCAAGGCUUACCUCAGAACAAAAAUCUGAUUUAAAAAGAGUAUUGGGAGGGAGCUCAUGAUGAUUUUAGAAUUUAUGAUCAGGGGUGACCAGAUUAACACAGGUAAAUAUUGCCGUUUCUGUUGGAUGUAUAUAUUCUAUACGCUAAUGCAGUUGAAGAGGUUUUGUGAAUACGAGGAAUGAAGCUUUCAAAGAUUUGAUGGGAAAGUUGGAGCCAAAUGUAGUAUAGUCCGACUUCAAUGUCUGCACACCUUGAUGAUUGUAGAAAAUAUUUCUUAGGCGAUGACAGAUGAUGAUCAAGUCUAAUUGGAGGGAUCAUGUAUGGUUUAAGCAUACCCCUGCUGCUUUUAGUUUUUUCGUCUUCGUCAUUUUUGCGUUUGGUUUUGGAUGCUGUGUGUUUGGGAAUGAAAGUCGUUUGAGUAUAGAUGGUUAUUGUAUUUGUUAUUUGAUAAACAUCAAUUUAAUAUUUGGUUAAAGAUGGAAACGUGUGGAUUUGCCCUAGUUAGUGCCUUGAUGAAUGAGUUGUGGGGGGUUUUUAUGCCUAGUUUCAUCUUGGUUCAUCCUAUGGCAGACGCGCAAAUACAUGGCUGAUGUUAGACCGUCUGGUUCCAGAGACAAAUAAUUAUUUGCCUAAUGUAAUAAAUGAAUAUGUUAAAUUUGUUUUCAAUAUAUUUCAGUAAAAUUAUUGAUUUGUAA